ACGACCUCACUCCAGCAGCAGAUAACGGACAAGACGACCUCACAUCCAGCAGCACAUAACAGACAAGACGACCUCACAUCCAGCAGCACAUAACAGACAAGACGACCUCACAUCCAGCAGCACAUAACAGACAAGACGACCUCACAUCCAGCAGCAGAUAACGGACAAGACGACCUCACAUCCACUCCACCAUGAAGUUUACGUGUCUUGCCCUGGUGUUGCUGUUGGUCGUGUCUCCGGUCUUCACAGACUUUGAUUUCCGCAACUUGCUCGAUUACCAUAACUUUGGCUUCGGUUUCUAUUUCGGCAAGGAAGACGGCGGCAUGAACGGCGACUUUAGCAAAGGUGGUAAUAUCAUAGGAAAAAAUGGGAGAAUAAAUCCUCCUAAACCACCUGCAGAAAUCUACGCAAUCCGUUAUCCAAUCUAUUACAACCUUGGCCACAUCUAUAGGACCAGAGGCAGGUACAGCAGUAGCUACAGCAGCGACUACAUCAACGAAUACAGCAAUAGCUACAGUGAUGGCUGAGAAAAGUAGUUCAACAACAGAAAAUCGCCAAUUAAAAAUGAAACACACGUUAAGAAGACUUCGUAACUGUUAAGUUUGCUUGAUAUUUUUUUUCUAUUUAUUUAUCCCUUGUGAUAUCUCCCUCUCUCUCCCUCCCUUUCUCUCUCUCUCUCUCUCUCUCUCUCUCUCUCUCUCUAUAUAUAUAUAUAUAUAUAUAUAUAUAUAUAUAUAUAUAUAUAUAUAUGUAUAUGUGUGUGUGUGUGUGUGUGUGUGUGUGUAACAACGCUGCGCUAGCUAAGUAUUCGAAC